UCUCUCCCUCAGAUCGGUGCAGAUGAACAGAUGUCUCUGCGUUGAUGUUAUUUUAAACAGCUUAAAUGGCAGCUCGCUGUGUUAACGGUGAGAACUAAGUGGAGUAGAGAAGCUUGAGUAAGAGCCAUGAGGCGCCGCGGAUCCGUGCAGCAGAAAAUCCCGUGUGUUUUUCUCACUGAGGUUAAAGAAGAAGCGUCCAGAAAACGGGACGGUCAGCAUUUUCAGGUGGUUGCCACUGAAACGCUGAACCCCGCCGCCGUGGAGUCGGACAUCUACCACGCGGUCGCCACUGAAAAGUUGGACGGCACGUGUUGCUACGUCACUCUGUACAGAGGAGAAGCGUACCUCUGGGCUCGUCUGGAUCGGAAACCCACCAAGCAGGCGGACAAGAGGUUCAGGAAACAUCAGCACGCUCAGAAGACCUGUAAAGGUUUCACGUGGAAUGUUGAAGAAGAUUUCCGGACCGUUCCUGAAUCCUGGAUCCCUGCACGUCGAGUCCGGUACGAGAGCGGUCACCCGGUACCUGAUGAGCACGGACACAUCCCAGGCUGGAUUCCAGUGGAUAAAUCUAACAAGCAGUACUGCUGGCACGCGUCCGUGGUCGACUACGACGCCCGAAAGGCUCUCGUUCUGAGGCCGAGCGACGAGGAUGAAGCCGUGCUGGAAAUCGUCAGCGUUUCUCUGAGCGAGCUGAUGGAGCAAACGCUGGAGCUCAUUGGGACCAACGUGAACGGAAACCCAUACGGUUUGGGCAGUAAGAAGAAUCCGCUCCAUGUUUUGGUGCCGCAUGGAAUCCUGCGUGUGAGGAACGCUCCUGCAGUGGAGUUCCAUCAGCUGCACUCGUGGUUUCGGGACAGUGAUGAGGGCCGUGUGGAGGGAAUCGUUUGGCACUGUAACGACGGAGCGCUUGUCAAGAUACAUCGGCACCACUUGGGUCUGAAGUGGCCCGAGGGCGACACCUUCUUGAACUCCAGGCCCGUGGUGGUCCGCUUAUCCCAGCUCCCGUUCCACCUGGACGUUUCACCUGACUCCAGGAAGAACCUGUUCUUCGCUCUCUCCAGCCUCGCCGGACGUCGUUUCAGCUCCGUCAGAGACGUCCAGCUCGAAGCCUGAUCGGCUACACGACAUUCCUUUUCCUCCUCAACCGUGUGACCUGCUUUUACAACCAGGUUCAGGAUGAAGCAGCGGUGUAGAAUUCUUUCCUGAACCUCUGCCCUAAAGUAGCAUUUAAUCCCAGAUGAUUUAGGACACGAUGCCGAUCAGGAGCCUGAAACGGUGGGUUGAGAUGCUCUCGGUUUUAAGAGGAAGAUUAAUUGUGGAUUUAAUUUAUUUAGCCAAAAGUGAAGUAUGAAACAUGUAUAUACAUAAACACUGCUCCAAUAAACACCUCCAACAUUUUCAGCUCAA